UCAUGACAAACGUUUGAAUAAUGGGUCAAUAGGAUACUGUAUUUGUUUGUCACUCCAGUUUGUUCAUUUUACUUUGGACUUUUUACUUUCUAAUAUUAUUCAGUUGGUAAUUGAGUCAUGUUAGUUCAAAAUUAUUGAGAAAAAAAUCAAGAUUAAUUGAGACUUAUUUACAUUUAUACCAUCUAAUCAUAUUAUCCAAUGACUUCGCAAUGAUUGACUGUUGGUCCGAUAUCUUUAAUUCAACAGUGCCCAGUUGACAGAAUUGUGCAAUAGUGUAGCAUUUGUUUUAUUGACCUGUGUUAAUGUUACCCAACGUCACCCUAUGAUAACCAGGUAGCCCAGUAGAGUGGUAUUGUUUUUGCCUAGGCGGGCUACGCUUUCACUAUGUGAAACUGGUCACAUUAUUUGAUGUUGGGAGUGGCCAUACGAUCACCAAUAGUGUCAUUGCAGACAAAGCACUUCCUGAUGCAGCGUUCACACUGGGUAACAUACCCUGUGCAUGCGGGUUUCGGUCUCACGUGGCAAGUUGUAGGGAUACAUUACUAGUUGGUCUAUAUUUGGCAAUGGGAGGUUACUUGGCUCGUAGGUUUAGGGCAGAUGGGAUGUAAUCUCAAAAGUCUGCUCCUUCAGCACUCUUAACGGCCACACUGUGACAACCUCGCAGCAACUGGCACUUGACAUUAAGCUAAUGACUGAUGAAUGGGAUGGUGAUGGAUUAUUGCGGCUCCUAUCUGAAGAGGAAGAGGCACUACAGUGAGCAGUCCUCCCUAGGCUGCAGUCUAGAGUACACAGACCUGGAGGCUGCAGAGGCUCUGGUCUGCAUGAGCUCUUGGGGCCAACACCGCCCCAACCCCUGCAAACCCAGACCCCUUACCCCCGCCUCGGACUCCUGCGACUCCCUUUUGCCUCUGGACCCACCGGAGACCCCCAAAGACUUUGUCUCGCUCUCCUCCCUGUGUAUGACACCUCCUCACAGCCCCAGCUUUGCUGAAACCCCCACCAGCGCUGCCAUCCACACAAGCACCUCUCCUCUGAGCCGGCCCAGUUCCAGCCUUUCUGUAAGGGUCUGUGGGGUCCCACGACCGCCCAUGGCCUCUAUUGCUGAGUCCCCAACCACUGGAAAGACCCCACCACCGGCACCCUGCCGAGCAAUGGUAACCAGCGUCAUCCGCCACACUGCAGACACACAGCCCUGCGAGCAAAUUCCAGCACACCCCACCGAGCAACAGAGGAUCUCAGAGCUGGUGGUCCAUCAACAGCACACAGUAAAGACUGAAAAGAGCAGCAAACCUCCCUUCACACCCAACCUCGCCCUAAUCUCUUCCUGUAGGGAACAGCCAGUCAAGACUGAGAAGGAAGAGCCAAAGGCUAUCCACUGUAAGGAGAGCCCCUCCCCUCCUCCCGCUAACACCCAAUCACAAAACAGCCUGCCCACACGCCUCUCCCCGCCCCCCACCUCCAUUCCUCCAAUCAUCUGCCAGAUGUUCCCGGUGACCAGCCAAUCAGGGAUGAUCUCAGCGUUCAUCCAGGGCCCGAUGCAGACAUCCAGGACCCCCACAUCCAUCCUGCCCCAGUCUGGCCCUCUAGGGGCCCUCCAGCAGCCCUUCCUCAUGGGCCAAGCUAUGCCCCAGGGCACGGUGAUGCUGGUUCUACCCCAGUCCCACAUGUCUCAGGCACCCCACUGCUCCCCACAGACUGUCAUGACCCUGGGCCACACCAAGCUGCUACCUCUGGCCCCCGCCCCGGUCUACGUGCCCGCCGGACCCUGCAGCGCCACGAAGAUGGACUUCUCCCGCCGGAGGAACUACGUGUGCAACUUCCCCGGCUGCAGGAAGACUUACUUCAAGAGCUCCCACCUCAAGGCACACCUUCGAACACACACAGGUGAGAAGCCCUUCAGUUGCAGUUGGGAGGGCUGCGACAAGAAGUUUGCGCGCUCUGACGAGCUCUCGCGUCAUCGGCGGACCCACACGGGCGAGAAGAAGUUUGUGUGUCCCGUGUGCGAACGGCGCUUUAUGCGUAGCGACCACCUGACCAAACAUGCCCGCCGUCAUAUGACCAGCAAGAAGACCCCCUCCUGGCAGGCUGAGGUGCGCAGCCCCAACAAAAUGUCCUCUCCCAAGCCUCUGCCGUCAAACCCUGCCUCACUCUCCCUCAGUAUGCUGGUACCUGCCUUAAACUAGACUCUGCCCAACACUACCCACUAGUGACUUCUUACCCAAAACCCCCAAACCAUGACAUGGAUAGGGGGGGCAGUCAAGCACACAAGGCUGCCAUUUUACUCAUGGAGAAUGUCUGAAGACAUGCACUGGACUCUGUAUUUUUUUAUAUUUUACUGCUCAUUUGUACAUUUUUGUUUUGUUUACUUUUCAGAUAUUUUACACUGUAUGUAUGUAUGUAUGCACUCUUUUGCCAAAGCCUUUGUAAUGAAGUUUGUCUUUUACAUUUCACCUAUCUUUGUAUGUAUAUUUGUACAUAAUAUCUAUGUGAUUGUGUUGUAUUUCAAACUACAUUUGUUAAUUUGGGAAAAUGACUUAAUUGUGUAAAAAAAUCUAUGUGGAUAGUAAUCUAUACUGUGAUAAUUACUUACUGACUUUUCAUAUUAUUUAAUACACAUUUGUAAUAAAGACAUAUUAUUAA